AUCACACUACGGAUUAUUACAUAUAUUUCGGUUGGCGAGUGAGUGCUCGCCUUGGGCGAAAGUUCGGAAAGACCGCGUGCGGCUUCUCGUUCGUCAAAUUGCGUAAUAGUUUCUGUGUGCGUAAACUUUCACCUGUCAUUCCCCUCGCAUCGCAGCCUUGCUGCAGCGGGAAGUGGAAGUUUGGAGUGGUCACAUUUUCGCGCAAGUUUCACAUUCAACAAUGAAUGUUCUAACAAACGCGACGCUUUGAUGUAAUAUUGCAAUACAAAAUAAAAAUAGUUUGCGCGUGAAAGUGUUUACAAGAAGUUACGUUUUAAAUUAACAUAUUAUGUUUAGUUUCAAUUGAAAUAUUUUAAAAUAUUCUCUAAAGUGAAGCUGAAUAGAAAGUUUGCAGCCGUGGAUUAUCUUUAAUUUUUGACCUUUUAACAUCAUCGCCCGAACACAACAUGAAAGAUUCCACAUCAAAUUUCGACGCUGAAAAAUUUGUGGAUAAUUUAAUAAAUAACGGAGCACGAGUGAAUUGUGACAAUACAAAUGAUAAAUAUAAUGAAUAUAAAUUACCUGCUGAUUUUGACGAAGAGAAAUUUAAACGGGGACAAAAAUUCUAUCAUGACAACAUAUUUAUGCUCUUCAUGGGAAAGUUGACUGGGCUAGUGACGAUUUUAUCCAUACCAUCAAUUUUAAAAAUACUUGUUUUUACUAAUAUGUCUGCCACAACUUAUACCUCCUACAGGCGUUACAUGGCGACCAUUUUUCACAUGAAUGUUUGGUAUACGGAUGAUUUUAAACCUGGAUCAGAUUUGUGGAAAUCAAUGGCAGAUGUGCGAAGAAAACACAACACAGCAAGUAAACGCAGCGCUUGUGUUGGUGCCAAUCGCAUAUCACAGUUGGACAUGGCCAUCACUCAAUUUGGUUUCAUGGGAUACGCUUUGACCCACCCGGAAAAAAUAGGACUAUUUCAUCCAGACCCAGUUGGAUUAGAAGGUUUUGUUUACCUAUGGAGAAUCAUCGGUGAUUUAAUGGGAAUUGAAGAUCAAUUCAACAUCUGUCGUCAUUCUGCUGAGGAUACGCGUGCUGUCUGCCAGCUUAUUAUCGAAAAGCAAUUGAGAAAGUAUGCUGAACAACGAGAUCCUCUCUUUGUUAAAAUGGCGAGCACUUUGGUUGAAGGCAUGCAAGUUAUGCAACCGUUCUUGUGUCCCGGAUUAACACUAGUCGUUAUCUUAAGAUUGGUCUCGCCAGGGAGCCAACUUUUAAAGGAGGAGAUGGCUAAACUAAACAAGGAUCAGUUAUGGUCUUAUAACUUUGAACAACUUGUAAUAAAUUCAUGCCGGCAUUGGUUCUGGAGAUGGUAUUUGAAUAUGACAUUGCACGUAUCACUCUGGUUGAUGAAAUAUUUUCCAUUUUUGGCGUUGUGGAAAUACGGCCGUAAAGAUGGCUACGUACGGAUUUUAGAAGAACCGGCGCCAUCUUUGAGAAAUGUUUACCAAUCUGGUUAGUCACGGGUUGGAAAAUUCGCUUGGUAUUUAAUUAUUUUGUUUAUAAAACAAGAUUGACGCUUUAAAAUUUGUUACAACACAACAUAUUUAUAUUAAACAAUGUUCUAUGAUUAAAAA